ACAAAGGCCAUCACCCACUUCAGCAGCUAUCUUAUUGGUCUGCGCGCAGUGACCGCAUCUAAACACAGCAGCUAUUUAUUUUAUACGUUUUGACCGUUACAGUGGCUUUUAGUCAGAGGUGUUUUACUGGAGGUCACAUGCCCGGCUUGUUUUGUUGUUCUUUGCGAACAUGAGGAAGUUGUUUCCAUAGAUAAAGGCCACUGCUGAUCGCCUCCGCGCUCCGGGAAGUUUAGUCAGCAUUUAUCCAGGAUGGAGCUGCUGCUGCGGUGGUGGCGCAGAGACCCGAUGCUCCAUCGGUGGUUGAGGGAGGCUCAUGUGAACGCAACAGUCCGGGCGGUGGUGCUAACUUCAUGUUUGUUCCUGAUGGUGUCCAUUUCCAUGUAUCCUGGAUUGAAGUCCCUCGGGGUCCUGCUUCAUGCAGUCUUCACAGGAAGCUGUGUGCCAGGACACUAUUCUGUCCUUCUCAUCAACUGCCCCAAUGAACAGGCAGCAAAAGAUAUUGGCAGGUCUAUCAUGGAAAAACGAUUGGCAGCCAGUGUUAACAUCCUCUCCAGGACCUCCACAAUGUUCUACUGGAAAGGUGAAAUUCAGGAAGCAAAUGAAAUCCUGAUCCUGAUCAAAACAAAGACCUCCAGGAUCCAGGAUGUUGUAGAUCAUGUGAGGUCCAUUCAUCCCUAUGCAAACCCAGAAGCCCUCAGCUUCCCAGUGGGGGAUGGCAGUCAGGCUUAUAUGAAGUGGAUGGAAGACGCCAUUCCAGAUGACUGAUAGAGGCUUUGAAUCAAAUCAAAUGAAAGCAUAAACAGCAGUCAAAACAAGAACAUCUGAGCAACAUGUGUGCAAUCUGUUGCUCAAGGUCUUCAGGGAGCUAUCUGCACAGUUCAAGUUUGUCAGCUGACAUUUAAUCUGUUUUGUUGUUUAAUAAAAAAAAACACUAUUUAUAUAAGCAGCAUUGUCUAUGUAAUUCGAUGUCCAGGCAAUGUUUAUUUUAUGUAUGAAAUAAAAGAGAUUUUAUUU